AUGGCACGAGGAGAUGCCCCACAUCGCGAGGAGCUUGCAUCUCACAGCGAUGAGGAGGACUUCAUCAGUCGGCCGAGACAGGAAACCAAGAGGACAGAUUACGGAUUAAAGGGCAUAAAGAUCAAAAUUCCCUCAUUCCAGGGCAAGUCUAGCCCAAAGGCUUACCUAGAAUGGGAGCAGUGUAUCGAGAUGGUGUUCGAGUGCCAGAACUACACCGACGAGCAAAAGGUCAAACUGGCAACCCUCGAGUUCACCGACUAUGCCAUAGUCUGGUGGGAGCAGGAGCGCACUAGGAGGCGCCGCAAAAGAGAAAGGCCUAUUAGUACAUGGGAGGGGCUGCGAACCACCAUGAGAAAACAGUUCGUACCCGGCCAUUACUACCGAGACCUAUACCAAAGGCUCCAGACUUUAGUUCAAGGAAAUCGCAGUGUGAAGGACUACUAUAAGGAGAUGGAGAUCACCAUACUCCGAGCAGAUAUUGUGGAAGAUAGAGAUGCUACCAUGGCGAGAUUUCUCAACGGGUUAAGGCCUGAAAUCGCCGAAUUGGUAGAGUUGCAGAACUAUGUGGACAUGCCCGAGUUGAUUGAUAAGACAUCAAAGAUUGAGAGGAGGCUUAAGAGGAGGGAUAACCCCCGCACUCCUAGCUUCUCCGCCACGCCUCUUGGGAGUGGCAAUUCGACUUCUGAGCGGGAACAGCCCAGUGCAGGAUUUGGGCACAUUACUUCCCAGUGUCCCAAUAGGCGUACCAUGAUUGUCCUGCUGAGUGGAGACGUCGUCUCUGAGAAUGAGGACGAGUAUGCCGAGAUGCCAUCAUUAACUGACGAAGGUGGAUAUUCAGAAGUAGAAGUUGAGGCCAUUAGUGAACAAGUGGGCAUUGCAUUAGUAGCCCGCAAAGCUCUUGCAAUGCAAAUCAAGAGGAUGGAUGAGGCCCAACGAGACAACAUUUUCUAUACCCGGUGUCACGUCAAGGGAAGGGUGUGUAGCCUCAUCAUUGAUGCAGAAAAUUGUGCCAGCGUGGCGAGUACUCUCAUGGUUGAUCAUCUAUCAUUGCCAACGUUGAGACAUCCCAGUCCGUACCGUUUGCAAUGGCUCAAUGAAAGUGGCGAUAUCAAAGUCACCAAGCAAGUGGUGGUACCUUUCCGGAUCGGGAAAUAUAAGGACGAAGUCCUUUGCUACGUCAUCCCCAUGCAGGCUUCUCACAUCUUGUUGGGACGGCCAUGGCAGUAUGACAAGAAAACUACCCAUGAUGGGUUCCCCAACAAAUAUUCCUUCUUGUACAACAAGAAGAUGACACUUGUCCCUCUUACACCUCAGUAG